AUGUUCAUCGCACGGUCAGAAUAUGGUAUGCAUUGGAGCUCUGGGAUUUAGUGCAGAAUAAGCUGCUAAUGACUAUCUAGAUCGUGGUAUCAAGUAUGACAUCUCCUGAUGUGGACGGUUUCAACCUCCCACUGACUUUCGUUUAGCACGUUCUCGCCCGAAGGCCGUCUCUUCCAAGUCGAAUACUCCCUCGAAGCCAUCAAGCACGGUUCGACCGCGAUCGGUAUCUCCACCUCCGAAGGCGUCAUUCUAGGUGUCGAGAAGCGUAUCACUUCUUCCCUGCUCGAGACCAGCUCCGUCGAGAAGAUCGUCGAGAUUGACAGACACAUCGGAACUGCCAUGUCUGGCCUUCAGGCAGAUGCACGGAGUAUGAUCGAGCACGCGCGAGUCACCAGCCAGAGCCACGAGUUCCAUUACAACGAGCGAUUAAGCGUGGAGAGCUGCACACAGGCUAUCUGCGAUUUGGCGCUGCGGUUCGGAGAGGGCGCAGAGGGAGAAGAGAGCAUCAUGAGCAGACCUUUUGGUGUGGCGCUGUUGAUCGCCGGAUACGAUGAGAACGGCCCAUCGCUGUGAGCACAACCCUAAAACGAGCAGGCGAUGUAUUGAACUAACGAAAUCUAGCUACCACGCAGAACCGUCCGGCACCUUCUACCGAUACGACGCAAAGGCCAUCGGCUCCGGCUCCGAGGGCGCUCAAGCCGAAUUGCAGAACGAGUUCCACAAGUCGCUCACACUACCCGAGGCAGAGGUGUUGGUGCUCAAGACGCUAAAGCAGGUUAUGGAGGAGAAGCUAGAUUCUAAGAACGUGCAGUUGGCGAGCGUCACAAAGGACAAGGGCUUCAGAAUCUACACCGAUGAGGAGAUGGCUGGCGUUGUAGGGCGGCUGGAAGGCAACUAG